UGUGUGUGUUUCAGCUCUCUGUGUGUUACCGGGGAGACGCGCUUGCAGGAUGCGGAGUAUCCGGUAACGCGCUCGUAGCUUUUCCAAAAGAUGCGUGUUCUCGAUAUCCCCACGUUACCUCAUGUCUGACUGAACACUCACUGGCUGUGUGCGCGUGUCCGAUUCACUGUGCUUUAAAUUCAGCGCUGUUUUAAACUUUCACGAUUCCUCAAGGACACUUAUAAGCUUGUUUAGAGGUGCGCGUUGAUUUCAUCAUGGUUACAGACUUUUUUUUGUAACGCCGCCGGACAUCUGGGACAGUAUGAGCAGUGAAUCAGACUCACGUGUUUAUAUCUGCAUAAACACUGAUGAAACUGCGAGCAGGGGAACAGAAUGACACCGGUGUGGAACCAGCGACCGGGGCGAGAGCCACCGAGACCCAGAUGGGGACUGACAGAUCAAAGGACUAAACUGCCAAAAUGCCCAAAUGUUGCCCCUCGGCAACCUCUUCCCUCUUACCUGCACAGAUCCAGACCCCGAAGACCCCUGACAGACUUUGGGCCUUCAGAAAGCCCUGUGUGUCAUUGGGAAGAAGCAGGAAUGCCCAGAGCGAGUGGUUAUCAUGCCCGGCACGCAGAAUCAAGCCCUGUGCGCCCGCGGAUCGUGAGCGUGGUGCGAGCGUGUGGACGGGACAGCGUGAGGAAGAUCUCUCUGCUGUUGAACCGGCGCGCGGUGCAGACGUUCGAGCAGCUCGUGGCCGAUGUGUCCGAGGCGCUGGGCUUCCCCUGCUGGAACAACGCUCGAAUACGACGUCUCUUUAGCCCUUCUGGCCGAGAGAUACAAAGCCUCACUGACUUCUUCCGCUUCGAUCAGGCCUUUCUGGCUUUCGGGAACACCCGGCCGUCGCUUGAGGAAAUCAGUGCAGCUCUGGAUGAGCUCUAUCCCGAAAACCCCGGACACUGCGAAAACUUGCUGAGGGUGUGGGAGCGUAUCCUGAGACCCAAGGCCACUAAAGCUGACAGUGGUUUCCAUGAUGACGAUCCUGAGGUGUCCUUGCCUGCGGUGCGGGAUCACCAGGUGAACCAACCACCGGUCAACAACCUGCAGCCCGUUGGAAGGCAAAAGGUGAAGAGAGAGAGGCAAAGAGAACUAUGGAGGAGGAAAGCUGACCUGCUGAAGGAAGAUGAGAAGGAGCCGAAGAAAGAGGAAAGAAAGAGAGACGCUGUUUUCUGCCGGAGCUGUCGAGGAUGCGUCCCUCCUAUUCCUCCAAUCAGAAGCAGUCGAAGUUCUCAACCGGACAGGACGAAUAACCCCAGUAAUAAAAGUAGUACAUCUCAAAACAAUAUGGUUUCUUUGGACAAAGCGCAGCAUAGACCGCUGAAAGCUGAUAAGCAUGUUGCCAAUACGAAAUCUAACCCUUCUGUUCCUCAAAACGCUCUUAACUUAAUAACACCCGAGCGGGACAUUGAUAAGCAGGACACCGUGGAGCUGAAAGACUUCCCACCUGACGGUGCAGAACUAUCUCCGGAGGACAUCGAGCGCUGCUACGACAUGGGUCGUGUGGUGGGAGACGGGAACUUUGCGGUGGUCAGAGAGUGCCGUGUGAAAGGCCUGGAUGAAACCUUCGCCAUGAAGAUUGUGGACAACGCUAAGCUGCAGGGACGCGGUCACAUGAUCCAGAAUGAGAUCGCUCUGCUGCGAAGUCUGGAACAUCCUCGACUCAUCCAGCUGUUUCGUUCUCAUCACACGGACACUCACGUUUACCUGCUGAUGGAGCUGGUCACCGGUGGAGAUCUGUUCGACGCCAUCACUCAGAGCGGCAGGUUUACUGAGCCGAGAGCUGCAUGCAUGAUCACAGAUAUCAGUCAGGCUCUGGAAUACAUCCACAACAAGAGCAUUGCACAUCGAGACAUCAAACCUGAAAACCUGCUGGUACAGCGGCAUGGCAAUGGAAGUCUGAAUCUGAAGUUGGCAGAUUUUGGCUUAGCCAUGGUGGUAACGGAGCCAGUCUUCACAGUUUGUGGCACACCUACAUAUGUUGCUCCAGAGAUACUUGCUGAGACAGGUUACGGUGUUGGAGUAGAUGUUUGGGCGAUGGGUGUUAUACUGUUUGUGCUGCUCAGUGGCUUUCCUCCCUUCCGCAGUCCGGAUCGCAAUCAAGAGGAACUAUUCCGUCUCAUCCAGAAGGGUGAAGUCCACUUUCUGUCUCCUUACUGGGACAACGUGUCCGAGGGGGCUAAAGCUCUAGUCAGGGCUCUGCUGGAGGUCAACCCAAAUAGACGUUUGACAGCAGGACAAACCCUGCAGCAGGACUGGCUUCAACAUGCAGCAGCACAACAAGACCACAAGGGGGCGGCAAAGGCCACUCACACCACAGCUGACAUGCAGAGACUAAACAGACAGCUGGAAAUUAUUAAUAAGAGAGAUUCUCAAAAACCAGAGAUGUUGGCAGAGAAAUUUCAUGCAGCACAAAUUCACGAGAAUAUACCGAACAAUAACUAUGAACCAGAUAUCAACGCACAUGGCAGAAACCAAGAGAUUCAAAACAUGAUGAGCAACCAACAAUAUUCAUCCCAUGCCGAAGACACCACAACAAACAUUCAAAACACCACAGAUCAGCACGUAGCUGAGAAACCAGCACAGCAAGAAGAUACUGACUCAAAACAAGAGUGAGAAGUGAGUUAGAGGGUAUGAAGCCAGCAUAAACAACUGACUAGAAGAAACCAAUGAUAUAUGAAGAGAACAAAAGAGUCAGGACAAUACAGGCCAUGUGAAUGUGAAAAAGAGGGACGGUAUGACUUGAAAAAAUUUAACACCAUGAUACAAAAACAUUUAGUGUCUUCUCUCUCUCUAAACAUACACACAGACUUUAAGCACUGAUACUGACAGAAAGUUUACCUUUUUUUUGACCAGGCCCCAGUGAAAUCGGCACUGGUUUCCACAUUUCUGCACUCAAGGAAGGGUAUUCCUUGUUUUAUAAACACUUUUUGUUUUGAAACUCUCUUCACAUCCCGAUAGCAGUCCAUAAUCGUUGUCUCAAUAUGAAAACAUGUGUAUAUAUAUCUUCUGUGGAAGUCUCAGGACCAAACCACGUUCAUCUAAUCAUUGCAUUCGGUCCGAAUCUCAUGCUUUCAAAGCUAGCUUGCCACUAGCCACUCAGAAAUUGCCUACUCUACCGUUAAAUGAGUGCACUCUUCUUGCUAUAAUUCUUGUAUAAUCCAAUAUUAAAAAAAAAAAUACAAAUUCAGUGUUUAUUCUGUGUGGGCCUACAGGUCACUAAUGAAAUAACCCAGGACAUUAUUAGACAUUAUUAUUAUUAUUAUGAGAUUAUUUACUGACUAGACAAAGAGGGCUAUUUAUGUUUUAUUUUAACGUUGUUUUUGUAUAUAUAGGCCUAUAAUUAUUACUUUGUCUAAAAGAGAGACGGCAUAAAAGAAACUGUAAAGAUGAAACAUUUCAAUAAGGAAGGACUAGUUUUGUAUCAGUAUCAGUCAAGCUCGGCCUCUAUUACUUGAGUGCCAAUGUGUGUGGAAAUGUUUAGUUGGGCAGACUAGCUAGCAAUAAGCUAAAAGUAUUUAGUAUUGUUUGUCUUCGCUUGUUUCGUUUCAUAGCACGACUUUAUAUUUGUUUUAGUAUUUUUCAGCAUUUCUGUUAAAGUUAUUUUUGUUAUUAUGAGUACUGUGUAAAUGUUUUAGACUGUAGGAUAAUACAAUUAAACUUCACUAGCUGUUCGGAUACACGUUUCUAUAAUUUGGGCAGUAAAAUGCUGUUUUUAAGAUGAUAAAAUUUCAUU